AUAUUAAUCCAUUUUCCAUCUCUUUUUUGUAUUUGACUUUAUAAUUUCUCUUCAUUUUGUUAACUCCACGAUGUACAUUAAAGACAUCCAAAUCUCUGCUCUCUAAUAUAACUCUUCAUUUGAAGCUAAAAUAUCAUCAAUCAGAUAAUCAUCCUUUCUCCAUAGUAAUAAUAAUAUUAAUGGAUAGGAAUUCUUCACGAUAUCUGUCAGCUUCAGAUUAUGAUGAUCAACCAGUUGCUCAGGGUUAUGAUAAUGAACAAUCUGUGUCUCGACAUGGAAGUAGGGAUAUUGAAAAUCAACCUCCCCAGCCUGUACUAUUUCUUAAUGGCAGGAAACUGAAGUAUCUAAAUGUAUAUCAAAUUCUUUAUCAGGCUGCUUUGAAAGAUAAUUGGAAACUUGCUGAACCAAUUUUAAAAAAGGAUCCAAGUUUUGCUCGUCAGAAGAUAUCGGAUAGAGGUGAAACAGUACUCCACAUUGCAGCAGCAGCAAGAAGCACCAGAUUUCUGAGAGAGCUAGUGAAACUAAUGGAAGUAGGUGACUUGGAACUGCCAAAUAAUGAUGGGAGUACAGCAUUUUGUUUUGCAGCAGCAUCAGGGCUCGUUGAAAUUGCUAAAGCAAUGACGGAAAGGAAUAAGAAUUUACCAAACAUUCGUGGUGAGGAUGGAGUAUUACCGAUCACUAUGGCAGCUUUGGUUGGGAAUAAAGAUAUGGUAUCUUACCUUUUUGAGGUCACAAGUCUUGAUGUGCUACAGCAAAAAGAACGCUUCGAACUUCUUGAGACCACUAUCCAGAAUGAGAUGUAUGAGGUAGCAUUAAAUGUAUUCAAGAAGGACAGAAAAUUAGCCAGUAGUGUGUUAGAAGGAAAUGUAUCAGUCUUAUACGCGUUAUCUCAAAAGUCGUUAGCAAUCAGUAACCAAGGAGGAGACUUGAAGAGAUUCAUUGUUGGAGCUUGUUCUCCGGUAUGGAGAAAGUUUGUUAGUGCGAUUUCCAUGGCCAGGAGGCAAUUCAUUCCAUGGUUCAAAGUUCAGAUAAUCCCGGAAAAAUAUGUUCUGAAGAAACAAGCUGGUCUACUACUUGAGGAGCUCUGGACGGAGUGUCAAAGAAGUGCGGAGGAUAAGCUAUUGGAGCUAGUGGAAAAGGAAAGAUUGCUUCAUUCUGCUGCAACAGCAGGAAAUGUGGAGUUUUUAGCUGUGGUUAUUCGCAAUCAUCCUGAUCUCAUAUGGAAAGUUGAUGAUGAAAACCGGACCAUCUUCCAUGUUGCUGUUUUAAAUCGAGAGGAAAAAGUCUUCAGUCUUAUACGCCAAAUAGGAGCAAUUAAAGACUUAAUUAUUCUAAUAGUUGAUAAUGAUGGCAACAACAUUCUACAUUUGGCUGGGAAGUUAGGGCAGCCAAUUCGUAAACAGAAAAUCGGACAGAUGGAAGUCCUGAAAAACAAACUUCUGCAGUCGGUACCUCCUAAUGCUGAUAACAUAUUCGGUGAAUCACUACAGCAGCUGUUUCGAGAGAUAGAAAUCAUUAGACACAUAAUGGAGACACAGUCUGUUAAGGAAGAAGAGAAGAUUAUGCCACCAUCAUUUCUCAGGGUUUCUGGAGCAGCACUUCAAAUGCAAAGAGAGAUAUUGUGGUUCAAGGAAGUGGAGAAAAUUGUACCACCUUCACUCCAUAAAAUGAUAAACAAGGAUGGGAAAACCCCGAGGCAAUUAUUCACAGAAGAACACAAGCUAUUACUAAAAGAAGGGGAAAGGUGGAUGAAGGACACCGCAAAUUCUUGUAUGAUUGUUGCAACUUUGAUCGCCACGAUGGUGUUUGCUGCUGGCUUUACUGUGCCAGGCGGUAAUAAUAGUGAUAACGGUAUCCCAGUACUGCUAAAAUUGAAUGGAUUUACGGUCUUUGUCAUAUCAGACGCGAUGGCACUGUUCAGCUCAAUCGUUUCCAUCAUUAUGUUCUUGUCCAUUCUGACAUCUCGCUAUGCUGAAGACGAUUUUCUUGUUUCAUUGCCAGCCAAGUUAUUGUUUGGACUUACGACGGUGUUUGUCUCUAUAGUUAGCAUGCUCUUGGCUUUUGCAGCAACCUUCUUUUUGAUCUAUAGUAAUCAUACGGGUUGGGAGCCAAAGCUCACUGCUGCUUGUGCUGCGGUUCCUGUAGCUUUAUUUGCUUGUUUACAGUAUAAAUUAUGGUUUGAUGUGGUAAAAUCGACAUAUUGGUCCAAGUUUCUUUUCAGACAGGGAAAGCACAGUCUCUAUUAACAACAGAGCCUUCACUGCAGAUAAGGGUUACACAAAGGAGUAUCCUUUUAUUGUUAGAAGAUGGUCCCUUAUUCUAACUGAAGUACUCCUAAUUGUAAUGUUUGUGCAUAAAACUUGAGAGAAUUUCUCCAUCAGUGUUAUUUGGGAUUGAUAAUAUGUUUAGCAUAUUCAAUUCAUGUUCGGGAAUGUUUGAUUUGAUUUAUUAUGAAAUUCUUUGUUAAGCUCAUUUUUUCA